ACAAUGAGAGCAGAGCACCAGCGUAACUAAUUAAUUCCUUACUUUCAGUUGAUCUUGCCCUGUGUUCUUACACUACAAGCUCACCCCCCGGGAACUCUCUUUUGGGGAUUCUAAAAGUUCACCUAAUAUGCUAGGUUGUGGUAUUAUUUUAGAUUACAUCUGAUUAAUGAUUUUUCAACUGAUGGUGUACAUUUGUUGCAUACUGGAUUUCUAACCCUGUUUAAAUAGGUAGCAACAGUUUGGAUCUUGUAAUAUAUGUGUUUGCCUGCUGCUAUUUAUGUUGGUAGACAUAUUUGCCUUUUAGCUCUGUUUGGAUAGGAAUUUAGUUUAUUAUUUACUGCAUGUAGUUUAGUUUACUAUUUACCGAUCGCAACCAAAAAAGCGAAAUAAGCCACUAGGCUCUACAUAUCGAUUGAGUGUUGCUUCGAUUAUUUCAUUUGUACAUGGCUAAUGAAGAAUCGCCAAAUUAAAAAAACAAGGAGGAGGAGGAGGAGGCAAGGAGGAGGUAUGCAUGCAAAGCCUGCAAACCAUGUGCCCUUAUGCAGACUUGUGAUCAAAUCACUAAACUUAUAGUUAGAACCCCAAUCCAUUGCAAAUUAUCUUAGGAUCAGUAUGUUUUUCCCCUUUUCUGUAGGGGAGAUGCUAACGGGGACAUCAAGGGCUUCACUGCAAGAAGGUAUCUGUAAUCCUUCUACCAAGUUUCAUAAUUUACAUAGUUGGAUUUUGUCAUUUUGAUGUUGUGUGACAUUCCAGUAGCUUCAUGAGUCAUUGUUCUCUUCUGUGAGUAUGGCAAAUAUUUGAUUUAUGCUUAGUUUACUUGCGUCCACAUGCUGAUGUUAACAAUCUUGUAAGCAUGAAUGAUUCUUCGAUGCAAAUUCAACCAAUUACUAAAUUGUAUAUGUCUCUGAGAUGCCUUUAGUUUAUUUUUUCCCAGUGAUUUAAGAUUCUGGCUUUUUGUUUAGUUUAAUUUUUAAGUGAUUUAAGAUCCUGACAUUUUGCUUUUUGCUACCAGGAAACAUAUAUGAUAUAAUUGUUAUUUACUUGUUUGCUGGACUAUAUGAAGCAAUGGCUUAUACCUAAAGAUUCAAGUUACUCUCGCAGGGUUCCAAGCUAAGCAGCACGGUUUUGCUCUCUAUAUUAGGUAAAGGAUCUAAGUUUCUUUGGUACUGAUGGCCUUUCUACCUCUUCCUGUAUGCAUACAAUUUUAGUUGGAUUUAUAAUUUAGGUGGAACGCUUAUCUUGUUUGUGAAAUUUUACCAGUAUAAUUAGUUACCGUAAAAUGGAUCUUAAAUGUUUAUAGAAUGUAUUUAGGUUGUUUACUCAAGAUCAAGCUCUAAAGCUCGUCAUCUGUAUUCUCUGGAACUCAAGACAAAUGCACAUCCUGCCAGAAUACCGUGUAUCCAUUGGAGAAGGUACAAAAAUGUUGUUUUAUUUUUGUAGCUCUGGCAAACAGUAGCACACAAAUACCAGCGUGUCAAAGAUGUGUAAGAAAACAAGUUUAACAACAUGACCAUAUAACCGCAACUGAUGUUUAUGUUAUUCAGACGUCGUUGGAAGGUGACUCAACGGGAUCAUGUAUUGUAAGAUCCAUUUCUCGCAGCUGUUCAAGGAGAAGGGCAGCUACAACCACCUCAUCUAGACGGCCAGACCAGGAAGAACGAGGUUGUGGAAGCCACACCGACACCACCGGUGGAUGCAAGCAUGACUGAACCGGAAGCAGCCCCGGAAUUGGCAUAGAGCGAAGAUUAGCAAUAACACGAAGAAAGAUGAAUGAAACAUGGAUUAUCAUGGUUUUAGUUUCAAUACCAAUAUAAUGUUUGAUUAUUUAUUCUAAUGAAACUCGAGGAUGCAUAAGACUCAACUCUGAAAUUACUACAAUUUUGAUAGAUAUAUGGGCAUGACAAACCCUCAUUAUAUGCCGAUGUAGCUCUUAGUUUAAACUCUGUACCACAUCCAAAACCUCAUGGUCAUCAAGUUAUAGGUUUUCUGUUAACUGGCUAUUGCCUGAUAUUUGGAUGUUGAUCUCUUGUCAUUUCCCAAUAGCUAUGUUCUCACCACUGGUUAGAUAAUUAAUAUAUCCAAUAGAUAUCUGCUUGAUAUAACAGAAAGAAAACAAGUUACUUAGCAUCUAACCAUAUUAAGCAGAUAUCUAUUGGAACUUGAAGAUCUCUAUGGAACAUGUGAUGUGGCUCUCAUUUAAGUUCUACGAUUUUCAUUGUCGUCGUGUUCUCUAGCGUUCUCUAAACUCAUAUUCACACCCACCUAACCAACAUAACAUAUAUAUAUUUGUAUUUUUGUUCUAUAUUUACUUUGUGUGGUCGUUGAUCUGUGUAGGCCGCGUCGUGGUUCAUCCUGAUGGGCUCAUCAAUUGGAUUCGUUGUGUGGAUCAAGUUAGAUUUUCCCCACUGGUGGUACUUGCAGUCACAGGAAAGCAAUAAGCUAGAUGAUCCAUCAUGCCUGCUCUUUCUAGGAUAUUCCAUCUAAUCAUGGCUCCCAUUCCUUAUAGGUAUCUAAUUCCAAUAUUGUAUGUCUUGGUUGAACUUGUGAAGGCGUUGCAAGCACAUAUCAUUAACUGGGAUAUUCAUAUGUUUGAUUAGGAGAUCGGCAAUACCACUCAGGUGCGUACAUCAAACUUGAAUGAGCCAAUGAGGAACUUGGCCGGGUUCAUACAAUUUUGUCUGAUAAAACCGGUACAUUAACCAGAAUGAAGAUGGUCAAAAUCUUGAUGUUUUCUUUGGUUGCAUCCGCAUCCUGGACUAUUCCUGACAGCAUCUGAACCAAUAUGCUGUUGUGGUUUGUUGUUAUUUUUUCUUAUUUAGUAGGAACCCAAGCGUCCAUCUAAUGGGUGGCUAUUAAAAUGCUUGAUAUGUUGUAGGUCACUUUCUGAAUUUAAAUAUCCAUAUCUACAUGGCAUUUGAUCUCUACUGUUUUAUUUUUUAAAGAAGGCACAUUUAGUAUAGAUAUAGAGGUGACAUUGUCAGCAUUGGGCUUGUUGGUAGCUUGAUAUAUGACAUGAUCAAUGCAGUUAUUUUGAUCCAUUACCGUUUUCUAUUUUGGGCGCAGACAGGUAGGAUAUGUACCGUUUUUUAAAAAAACUUGUGAUUCUCUUUGGAAUUAUUUUUGGCUAAGCAUGUACAUCAAGCCAUUUGCACUCAGAUUUUGAAUUUUUUUAUUAGCUUAAAAAUGUUAAGAAGCAAAUUGCACACCUGAUUACUUAGUGAUGGCAACAUGCUUGGCCUGUUUGUUCUAUCUUUUUCAAUGCCACUACUUUUUUUGGCUUCAGCUUGCCUAUCCUUGAUUGUUCUUUGUUCCAACCAAGCAGCAUCAUAUUUGAUAGGCUGGCAAAAAAUGGAAGGAUGUAUGAAGUUGAUACAACUAGGCACCUGAAUGAAUGUGGUGGGGCGGGCUUGCGAACAUUGGCACUAUCAUACAGGGUCCUUGAUGAAUUAGAAUAUUCUUCUUGGAAUGAUGAGUUCGCUGGAUCCGAGUGAUCUAGAUCCAGUAACCUCCUAUGACGCUUAGUUUAUAGUCAAAUUUGCAUCUGCGAGUGUAUCUCUGCUAGCUCUUAGCUGUUGAUUUACUAGCUAACAUGUUGGUUUUGCUGAUCCGCAGGCUGGUCAUCAGGGCAUGGAACGUAAGGACCACCACACAAUUCAUCCCGAGUUCCCGACCAAGGCUUUCAAGGCACACAAGGUUUAUUACCUCAAUGAGGUAAUCAUAUUUCUAAGUGAAACAUCGAAAUUGUUCAUCAAGUCCAAUUAAGAAAGGAUUAGGGAAAAGUUAAACUUAUUAUGUUAGAGUUUGCACAAGCAAUUUGUGUUGAGCCAUUGCACUUGGGCUAUUUUUCAGUUGUGUUGGUGUUUUCCUCCCUUGAACACGCUGUGUUGAGACAUUAUUAGAAUUUAUUUUCUGAAUGAACAAUAUUUUACCUAAUGCUCACUUUGUGAAUGAGAAAUAAACUAUUGUUGGUUCUGUCAUUAUAUGGAUUUUGCUUUUGACAACUAUUCUUAUAAUUUAAGUCAUAUUUGUUCUUGUCAUUAUUAUGUGGCAACAGUCUUGUAUCUGCAACAAAACAUCAUUGAGGGCAACAAAAUAACUUGGGUUUAAGCUCACAAAUAUUUCAGGUAUGAGGUGUACACGAUAUUACUUUUCUACUAAAAGUCAGGAGUCUGUCAACUCCUGAUCACCCAUUCUGAAAACUGUGUGGGUACUAUAUUCUUGUCUUGUCCUUUUAACUGCUCUCAUUUUUAAAAGUUGAUUAACCCUGAACCGUGUUAAGCACACUCUUAGAACUUCAAGUUGCUAAUUUCUUAGCUAAUGAACAGACUUGAGAGCAGUUUUCUGCCAUCCUCUCAGAAACUUAGGCUCCAUGUUUCAAAUCCGCCAUGUGUUUCUUUUAUUUGUUUGUUGGGAUUUGAGCUUCUCACAACCUCAUUGUAUAUAUACCUCUUUGUUGUUCAGUGAAGUGUACAUCAUUAUAUAUACCUUCUCAAUUCUCUAACUCCCGUUCCCAUGCCGGCCUCCCCUGGUACCCUCUGUUUCCCUGCCGCCACAACCCAUCUCGCCUAGCGCCGCGCCAGGCCGCUCCCUCGCCUCCUCUCCUUCUGCCCCUAGCUUCACCCCAUCCGUCGUCCGAUGCCAGCCGCCAGGAACCGCUCGGUUCUCUCGCAGGGGAGCCAGAGUUACAAGAGCGCGAAGGUGGCAGCGAAGAGGCUGGAAAAGGCAGCGCUCUCCUACAAAGGGGACGAACGGGUGCAGCUGUUGCGCCGGUGGCUCGUCGUGCUCAAGGAGACCCAGCGCGCGACCACGGUGGUUCGGGAGCCGCAACUUGGGGACAAUCCGGACCAGACUGCGCCCCUGCUGGAUUUGUACAUCGAUUACGACAGCGGUGCGGAGCCGAUGAACUUUUUCCAUGUCUUCCUCUACAGUCAAGCCCUCGAGUGUGUUGUUCUCUCCUUGAUUAGGGAAGCCCCAACUGAGGAAGAAGUUUCACUGGUCUCAGAAGUUUUUGGAAUGUGCCUUUCGGGAGGGAAGGAUGUGCACAAUGCACUCUUAAGUAGUGUAAAGGACCUGGCAAGGUUAUUCUCAAGUUAUAGUGACGAAGUGUUGGCAAAACGUGACGAGCUGCUUCAGUUUGCUCAGGGUGCGAUCUCAGGGCAAAAGAUAAAUGCUGACAUUGCAAGGUUCUGUCUUUUCUGUUGGGCAGUUGAAGGUGUUUGUAGUUCCAUUUUUGCGUGUCCAUGUUUACAUGCUUUAAAAACUAAAGCCUCUUUUUUCUUGAUUCCAGAUUAGAUAAUGAAAUUACUCAGUUGCAACAUCAGAUAAGUUCAAUGGAUGCGCUUCAUGCUACAUCAAUCGUCAAUCAGAAUAAAAAAGCUCAAACAGCCACUGAGGUAGCCCUUUUAAAGUUAUUCAGCCUGUACAACUGUGGGUUAUCCUUUCCUUCAAUAGAUGAAAUGGAGCACUGACACACAAUCUAUUUAUAAUAUUGAUUUGUUUCUCCUAGAUGUAGGGGUGGUAAUAUUGUCUAAACUUUAUGCAUAUAAAAUUUAAGGAUCAAAUCAGAUUAGGAUCAUGCUCUAUUUCUAUUCAUUUUUGAAAAUCCUAUAUAAGCAUGGUGAAAGUUGAGAAGAGAUAUUCUCAACAGAAACACCUUUACCAUGGAGGCCAUGGAUUUCCUAUAAACAAAUAGCUCCAGUGAGUAAAAUUAUAAAUGGGUAGUCAUAAGACGUGUAAACAUACCUAAAGCAGAGCAUAUAGUUCAGGAAUAUUCUCCACAAGUGUCUCAAAUAAUCAGAUCCAAGCAACCAUGAGCAUGACAAAAUUAAGUAUUAGGUAUGUAUUGUUUCAUUUGAUAAUUCUAGGAUGUUUGUACUUCACAUCAGA